UUGCUCAGCCACUAUCCAGUCAUCUGUAAAGUUGUGUGCUGAAUAUUGUCCUGUGUUCGACGUGUGCAAUGAAGUGAAGUUAGUUCAGUGAAUCAGUAAAGCAACGAAGUUAAUAUGUGGCAAUAAGUAUCAUGUAUGCCGGAAAUAUCAAAGGUACCUUCUGGUUUGCUUUGUUUGUUGUAUUGUUCUGCACUGUAAAAAUAUUUGAAAAAGUGAACAGAAGCUGUUAACGAAACUACGGAAUGUGUUCUCGAGGGUCGUGUGUCUGGUGAGAUGUUUAAUGUGAUGAUACGUGUUUGUGCUGUGAAUGUAAAACUGUUCCACAUUCUUGACAUCGAUAAUUACAUAAAUAUUUAAUGAUUAUAUUGUUAUUCUGGGUUUUGGCGCCCUUAAGACUCAUCGGUAGAUGACGUCUCCAUCUGCAGGUUUGUGUGUGUGUGUUCAGCAGUAGCAGUGGCGGAUUCGCUAGGCUGCUGUCAUGACACUUGUGAUAAUUUCGACAUUCUCUGCAUCAGUUUGGCUACUUCUGUUCUACACAGCACUUCUGAUUCUCUUCAGUCCCUGUGUUCUGGUCAUAAUUGCCCUUCUUCCUCAACACCUGCCUAUCUUGCUACUUAGAAGAAUUUUCACAAUUCCUAUGGAAUCUGUUUGACGUCACUGGAUUUAAUUACCAACUCCAGUAUUCUAUCUGCCACUGGAUCUCUCUAACCAAAAGUCAUAAAGUGUGUGGCGAUAAUUACACAAUAUGAAACUUCGUUAUAUGUAGCUCACAGCGCGCGGAUGGCCACACAGAACGCAUGCAUUCUGUAAGAAACUACUACGAAAUAGCUCUCGAGAACAAGCCUAUUCUCUAUAUUCGAGAUACUCGAAACUCGAGAUUAUCGAAUGAAAAUCGAAUAUUCAGUCAGUUCACGACAACUGCCUGCCUCAUCUACAUCUUACUCUCACCUGUCAACUGUCCUGGCAUGCAUCACGGUGACAUUGCUGGCUGACAUCGCGACGGCAGGGCUCCUCAAAGUACCAAAAGUCUACAAUGCUCUCAUUACUACCAAUGAGAAGUUGGUUCCUAGCAGAGCAAUUCCAGUUUCCACUUCAGUGUUUCAUCCUGUUGCAUUGGCUCCCGCAGUUCCAGCCGUAUUUCUGACGAGCCCUUACGUCGCCAUCGAUGACUCUGAAGCUAAAGCCAACAAGUCGGAGACUGAAGAUAAUACUGAAAAUGAAAGCGAUAAGAAACCGGAAGGUGAAAAGAAUGCCACAUCAAAUUCCUUACCUUUAAUCACACCAUUUUCUCUUCCAUUAGCAUAUUACAAUUCUAUUACUUAUUAUCAUAACCUUUGGCCUUAUUCCUAUUCAUCAGUGUCACCUUCUGCAUUUUUAUUUACUGCGCCAUUUGCAUAUCCUGGAAUAUUUGAUUUAAAUGGAGGUCUGCAGUGGAGUCAAAUCAAGAAACCGGAAUCUGAUCCAGCUUUGUCUAAAGACUCAGCAUCUACUCUUCCUUCUGGAGCCAAAGAUGAUCCAGAAAAGGCAUCGGUGUCCACUGAUGCCAGCUAAUUGCAAAUACAUCGUCAGUAUCGAAACAUAAUCAGCGCAAAUCUAAAAUUGUAAUGGUCUUCGAUUCUGUGAAUUUUGUGUUUUAGUAGUUGCUGUUUGAAAUGAUUGAUUUCCCCUUUCUUUUCUCACAUUUUACUGAUGUACUGACGCUGACCACUCACUCCAUCUAGUGCCGAGGUCAAGAAGGAGUAGGAGCUAUACCUCCUCUCCCCCCAAGCGCCUGCAUGGCGUGUAGUGGGGCAGAUUUACUUUUACUUUACUUUACAAUAUUCAAGAUAUCGUCUCACAUUUGUAGCAAUUUUACUUCAAGUAGAAUUUUUUUAAGUGAGAGGGAAUUCUGAACAUUUCAUUACAUGCUGAAUAUUUCAAUAAAUUUUGAAUAAAUUAGAUAAAAGUCAGGUAAGAAAAUUACUGUGCUCGCAGGUUUAUGGCAAUUUAUAACAGGAGAACAGGUUCAAAUCCCACUCGUGUCAUGGACGCGCGUCUGCAUUUUUCUGUUUUAUUCUGUGUAGUAAUAGGUUAUGUGAACGACAAAUUUAAAUUUAUCUAUUUAUAAAAAUCAACAAAGUGAACCUUAAAUGCCAUAAAUGAAAACCAUGUUAUAUAGAAAUGGACUUGGUGAAUUAAGGAAUAAGAUACAAUGUUUGAUGCAUGGCAUGAUUUAUCUAAUCAGAUUUUAUGGCACAACGGGGAACGACCCGUUCUU